AUGGCUGUGAAGGCCUUCUUUGAGUCGAUUUUGGGCUUCGAGAUCGAAGGCGUCUCCAUCGCCUACGAUCUCGCUGAUGAAGUGGAGUUCAUUGAGGAUCGCAUCCAGAAGGCGGUGGAGCAGGCGGACGUUCACCUGGGGGUGUACCCCACGGAGCUCUCGGACCUGCGGGAGUCCUUCGGGGAGAGCCAGGACGGCUACGUCCUGGACAGCCUCGCGGGCUCCAGCGCUGCCUUCGUGGUCUUCUCCCGCGAGGAGGACCGGGAGUUCUGCGUCCGCCGCUUC